UCGCCCGCCUCUAUAAAUGGCUUCUCCCCACCCGGCAUUUAUCCAGAUCUAGGGUUUUCUUUUCACCUUUUUGAUUUCUCUCUCGCUUGUUUCUUCGAUCGCCAUCAUGCCUCGCCGUAGCUCAGGACGUUCAGCCCCUCGUGCUGCUCCACGAGCUGCUCCUAUGAGAAACCCUCCUCAACCAGUGCAUCAAGCUCCUCCACCUGCCCCUGUUCAGUCUGGAGGUGGUGGUAUGCUCAGUGGAAUCGGUUCUACUAUUGCCCAAGGUAUGGCUUUUGGUACUGGUAGCGCUGUUGCUCACAGGGCCGUUGAUGCUGUUAUGGGACCUCGAACUAUCCAGCACGAAACUGUUCCUUCUCAAACCCCUGAAGCUACUGCUGCUCCAAUGGGUAACACUGCUAGCGGCGCUGAUUCUUGCAGCGUCCACAACAAAGCCUUUGCAGAUUGCAUCAACCAUUAUGGGAGCGACAUCAGCAAGUGCCAGUUCUACUUGGAUAUGCUAAAUGAGUGCCGUCGGGGUUCGGGUGCUACUGUUCUUUAGAUUUUCAUACCAAAUUCAGUCUACAUAAUGUUAUGAAAUCUCAGACUGCUUGAUUUGAUAGAUUCUAUGGUUUUGCAGUAGCUGGUGCUAUUUACUACUACUGCUAUUGGUUCUGUUAUGUUUCUGUUGGAAUUGCGAAACUGUUGUGGUUCUGCAGACUAUUUAUCCAAAUCCAAAUAAAUCUCUAGUUUGAAACUUUA